AUGCUUUCACUAAGGGAUGUUAAAAAAGGACGCCAUGUAAACGCAUCAUGCACACUUCAUCUUCAGAGAAAGAUGCGACCUUUAACAGCUUUCAGCUCUUACAACGACCUAAGAAUCACUUACCCAAUGAUUAAUGUUACAAACGACAUAAAGAAAACCACAUAUCAGACUAUUGAAGCAGACUCUUACAAGACUUCCACUGCAUAUGUUCUCAAGACAAACAAAGCCUUGCGUGAUUCAACAAAUUUCAAUCCAUUAGAUAACAAUGCCAAGCAACCUUCAAUAAUAGAGGUCAAUGAGCCAGACGAAGGCGAAAACGAAGGCGAAGAAGAUGAACAAGGUAUUCGUGGACGACUUAUGGAAUCACUGACAAAUAAACUAAAUGGAAAACCUUAUAAUCCUAUCACUUAUAUAGCCCAAGACAAACAUAAUCUUGCGCACUUACUAUCACAAGAGACAUCGGACAACAGCAGAAUAAAGAAAGUCUGUAGUGCUGAUCUAGAGCUCUGGAAACUAGCCGUCUCUUCCACCAUCAAUUUUAUGCAUCCAAUUUUUGAAGUUCGACUCUCUAAACUGUUUACUGAGCAACAACUGGACACAACAAAGGGUCACAUGAAUGAUCAAAAGAAAGUAUCUCAAAACACUAAGAAUGAUUACUAA